AGCGUCAUCUCCUGCCUUUGUCUUGGUGCGUGCAGCCAGCUUGCGACAACAUCUGCGACAACUCACCCAACUCAUCUUCUCGAUCCAGCUUUGUCUUCAACAACAGCCUGGCGGUGCCAUGGAUUCCUCAAAUCACCUUCCUCGACCUAUCAGGCCGUUACAACGGCCUGUAUCUUAUAUAUCACGAGCGUUGACCGCAGCUUCAUAUCCUCUGCUAGGCAUCUAUUACUUCUUACGUCAUCCAGCAUACUAUCCUCUCUUCGCCAGCCGCUUACUUCCUCUCACCAUCAUCUCUUUCUUAGUAUACGCCAUACUCUUCACAUUCGCAUUCCUGCCUCAGUAUGCCUUUUUGGCCAUUUUCCAUGGUUGGGGCGCAUGGGUCAAUGCAGUGGUGCUGGUCCUAGGCGAAGGUCUAGUCAUUAUUCAGGGCUUAUUCGAGGGCUUCUUUGUCGACGAAUGCCGUGUGGAUGCAUUCGAUGCAACCCUCAUCGAUAAAGGCCUCCAAAGCCUCGUUUCGCCACACCGACUGCUCUUUUUAGAUGCGCCCAACUCCGUCAAGAAACUUGGCAAGCCAACCACCGCCGCCGUCUACCAACCAUGGAGCCUCAUCCAAAUCAUCGAGCUAAUCGCAUGUCUGCCACUAAACCUAAUCCCCUACGUUGGCACGCCAGCCUUCAUCAUCAUCACAGGUAGCCGACUAGGUACAUUCUCGCAAUACAGAUGGUAUGACCUGAGGGGCUUGACGAAGAAGGAGCGCAAGAGGGAGAUCAAGAGCAGAUCGUGGGAGUACAUAUGGUUUGGCACCGUCGCCAUGCUUCUCGAACUCGUGCCCAUUCUAUCUCUGUUCUUCCUCUUGACGUGUUCGACGGGCGCGGCACUGUGGGCAGCUGACAUCGAACACCAAGCGAGAAGACCACUAACUCCCGUCCCCGCCCCUGUCCAUGCCCAUGCUCCUCCCCCUAGUGCUCUGGCUGCUGUUUCUAUCCCAGAAGAAUCGCAAGAGUAUGAUCCUGAUGAGCCACCCCCGCCGUAUGUGGACAACCCUGUAUGAUCAAGUCACAGUUGUAGAUGGGCUAAUUGAAUAUCCCCGGUGGAUCUUUAUACCUGAAUUCUCAUUUUUACUUCUGGCUUUUAUCCCUUCUUCCCGUAUCGGCCAUGAUCUAUACCUGACCCUUUUGUUCGGGGCCCAACUUCCUAUUAUGUAGUAUUUACUAUGUAUCCUAUCGGGAAUAGUUCAAUGUUGUGAUACAAGAUCCACGUUCCAAAUGUCAAUUUCACAUAUGCAAGCAAGUCUAAGUAGUACCAGCUGGGACAUACUAUGAUGCACUUGCAUACUAAUAACAUUGAAACCUUGAACUGCACAUGCAUCACUAAAGGGGAUUAAGUGCACCUUCAUUGAAUCUUACAAUAUAGUGGUGCUUACUUUAAGCAUGUACGUAUGCUGCCUAGCCGUUGCCGAAGCCGAUCUUUUCAAGAAGGGCCCGGAACUCACGCCCGCACUCAUGAAUGCCAGCUAUUUCAGAAAGG